CCCUGGCCUAGCUUGUCAAAGUUCUCUUUUUUUGUAAAUGCCACAGCCAAAAAGAAGCUUCAUUUUCCACAAGCUUUUAGGCAAAUUCAAAGGAAUUAAUUAACACAAGUGCCUUUUGCUUGCUUUAAACUCCAAAAUCCCACUUGAGAAUCAUAUAGUAUUGGGUCAAUUUUACUGUGCAGAUGAUAAACUCCAAGACUCCUCAUUUACAUUCACCACUGCGGCAAACUGAUAUUGAAAUUGAAGCCAUUGGAGAAAACUGCAGAUAAAAAAUGCCUGAUGUUCUCACAUCAUUCAAGACCCCCCAUUAUGAAAGGAAAAACAAGAACUUUCUUAUCCGUUUUUACCAGGACUUCCUUUCUCUUCAAUUCAAAGCCUCUAUCAUCUAUAAACUUUCUCCCAAAACACAUCAUAUUUUUCUCUUUGCAACUUCACAAAGAAAUCAAGUUCCUUCAAUACACCAGUUUCUAGCUAGCCAACAUAACGCUUAGCCCUUCUCAUGGGCUCUCCUUUCUUUCUAAUAUUGAUAAUCCUUUCAUUGGCAUCAUUGCCCUCAACCAAAGCUGAUGGGAUCAGAUCAGCUCGCCUUCUUGAUCUUCUCAUUAGGGACUACACAGUAAAGUCCUUUGACAGGCAUUUCAAAACAGGUACUUUACACGCUGUACAUUUACCUGCAAACUUAUCCGGCAUCGAAGUCGAUACUGCAAGGUUUCGAUGUGGGAGUCUCCGAAGAUAUGGUGCAAAAGUUAAGGAAUUUCAUUUGGGAAUUGGUGUGAUUGUUCAGCGUUGUGCUGAGAGAGUCAUUGUGGUGAGACAAACCUUGGGCUAUAAUUGGUCAUCCAUGUAUUAUGCAAACUAUGAUCUAUCAGGUUACCAGCUUGUGUCACCUGUGUUGGGCCUUUUAGCUUAUAAUGCAGGCAGUGAUGUGAAUUUUGGUAGCCCUUUUCAGCUUGGGAUUCUUGCAAGGGAAAAGCCAAUUAAAAUAGAUUUCAGCAACAUUACAAUGGCUUCCAACAUGAAUAGAUCAUCAAUGAGGCCAUUGUGUGCUGGUUUCGAAGGGGAUGGCAAAGUUACAUUGAAAAACCAAGUGUCACCCAAUGUUUGUUUUGCAACAAGGGAUGGCCAUUUCGGUUUGGUGGUCGAGUCGCCGCCCUUGAUGCCUGUGAGGAAGAAGAUAAGCAGGUGGAAACUGGUGGUCGGAAGCUCGAUCGGAGCUGCAUUGGGUGCUAUCCUCUUGGGGUUGCUUUUGGUGGCAAUGUUUAUUAAGGUGAAGAAGAAAGCAAGAAUGGAGGAAAUGGAAAGGAGAGCAUAUGAAGAGGAAGCUCUUCAGGUAUCCAUGGUUGGACAUUUCAGAGCUCCAACAGCUUCUGUCACUCGAACAACGCCCACAAUCGAAUAUCAGUACAUACCUCAUCAUCCUUCUUGAAACCUUAGUUAUUUGAUUCUCUUUAAAUGUAUGAUCAUUCUUUCUCUUGUAUUACCCAAAUCUUUCAAUCUUUAUUAAGUAUAUCAUAUCCAUCAACUGCUUACAAAAA